ACAGUUCCAUAACCCUACAAAAUCAUCCCAUACUUUUGUCAAGUGAAAAAACAACAAAUUCAUUAAAAUGACGAUUCAUAACAUUUAUAUUUUUGAUCACAAAGGUUCACUACUCUAUUACCACGAGUGGAAUCGUGUAAAACAAGCUGGAAUGACACGUGAAGAGGAAGCGAAGUUAACAUUUGGAAUGUUGUAUUCCAUCAAAUCUUUCGUCAAUAAAAUAUCCCCAACGGUCACAAAAGAAGGUUUCCUCUAUUACAAGACAUCAAAAUACACUCUGCACUAUUUGGAAACACCUUCAGGUCUAAAAUUCAUCCUGAACACUGAUAAUCAAUCACAAGGCAUCAGGGAUUUACUACAGAAUAUUUACAGUCAGAUUUAUGUUGAGUAUGUGGUGAAGAAUCCACUGAACAAACUACAUGAACCUAUUCAAUCUGAAUUAUUCAAAUCCAAGCUGGAUUUGUUCAUUAAACAACAGGCUUGCUUUUAAUUACUUGUAUUAUUAUUGUUUAAGGGUAAUAUUAAGAAAAUAAAGUUAGAAAUUACAUCAGA